AUGAAGUCCACGAGUGACCUCCAACAUGACAGCUCAAGAGCUGUUCAUCAGUUGGACGAACUGACUCAGACCUUUGCAGUUUCCCGCUUUUUGUUGGCUGUGUGGUGCAGGUUAUGUGGCAUGAUACCGCGAUGCGCCACACAAUGGUCAAAAAUACAGUCCUGCUUGUGGGCGUUGGAUGCCCUCAAGUGUCAAUGGCACUUUCUUUGCCAAACUCAGGGCAAGAGGCAACGAAGGCGCCGAUGGAAGAUCGCAGCCUCUCAAACUUCCUGCGCGUGCAGCCUGACAGUUGGCAUCUUCGCACGCGGCAGUGUUGGCUCAAGGGUGUGGGGUGCCGUGAUGGGUUGCUCAAGCUCGCAAUCCCAAGCUGGUCCGAUUCCUGGCUGGGAAGCUAUUGAGAAGGAGCAUCCGGCACGAUUUCCGUGUCUUCCUGGAGACGUGCUCAUCAGUGGCAACCUGCCCAAGGAGGUCGUUUUCCAGCUCGCUGGGUACUGCAAGGGGUGGUUGUAUAUUGAUCCAGAGCAAGAUGAGCUGAAGGCUGAGUCCAUUUUUGCUCGCAGCUGUUCCUUGCAAGUGGUGCCAUUCAAACCGGGUAGGGACACUUCCAUCAGUGCCAUGCACAAGAUGUUUACGGCCAUCAGCCAGAUGCCGCGGCCUUUGAUGAUUCAGUGCAGCAGCGCGAAUCGCGCUGCUGUAGCACUGCUGCUUUGGAUGGCGAUUCGGUAUGGCUACAGCAGGGCUUCUGUAGAUCAGCUGCUGCUAGACCUGGAGCUGAACUCUGUGAGGUCUGACGCAAAGCGAUGGCUUGAGAGUCAGUUGCCAGAAGUGGGGAAGGUGGAGCCUUUGAUCUCGCGCAGCCCCGAGGUGACUCAACUUUAUGACAAGGUAACUACCACCUUGACGUACGUGAUCGCCUGCCCAGGGACUAAGGAAGCCCUUCUGAUCGACCCAGUGCUGGGGCAGGUGGAUCGGGACUUGGAGCUUUUGCAGUCCAUGGGAUGCAGUCUGAAGUACGUGCUGAACACGCAGAGCCACCCCGAGCUCGGCGCCACCACCGGGCGCCUGCGGCAGAAGCAGCCAAAGCUGCGCACGGUGAUCUCGGAAGCCUCUGGCGCAGAGGCGGAUAUCAAGGUGCACCAUGGACAGCGCAUUGCGCUGGGCAAGCUACGUUUGGAGGUGCGGGGGACUCCAGGCCACACCACAGGAUGCAUCACCUGCGUGCUGCGAACCGGCACGGCGAGCUUCGCCUUCACCGGGAGCACGCUGCUGAUCCGCAGCUGCGGGAAGACAGACCAAGGCUUUGCCCGUCAGCUCUACCGCAGCGUGCACGAGCAGAUCUUUACUCUACCAGGUGAUACCAUCGUGUGCCCUGGCCAUGACUCCAAGGGCCGCAGCGUUUCUACAGUGCAAGAGGAGAGGCGCUUCAACCGACGCCUAACAGAGUGCGAGGAGGACUUUGUGAAUCGGAUGGCGCCUUGA